GGUUAAUAUAGAGUACAUCUAGAUCUAGGGCGUAAAGUAUGACAACAGAGUUGAAAAAACCUAUACCCUUACCUUUUAUAUAUACUUUCACAGCUGGGGCAAUAGCAGGAUGUACUGAACUACUCUUACUAUACCCACUCGAUGUGGUGAAAACUCGUCAACAGCUCGAUACGGGUAAAGGAGGAGUUGGGAUGAUACAGACUUUUAAGAGCAUUGUUGCUCAGGAAGGACCAAGGAGAUUGUAUAGAGGUAUCAUCCCUCCUCUGAUGCUCGAAGCUCCCAAAAGGGCUGUGAAAUUCGCAGCCAACGGCUGGUGGGGCUCCCAGUUCACCCAGAAUGGCCAGAAAACCAUGACUCAAAGUCUGGCUAUCGGCACGGGUGCUGCAGCUGGGGCUACCGAAUCCUUUGUCGUCACGCCUUUCGAACUGGUCAAAAUCCGUCUUCAAGACAAAAGCUCGACCUUCAAGGGUCCUAUGGAUGUGAUCGCGCAUUCUUUCCGCACCAGUGGGCCGUUCGGACUGUAUCAAGGUAUGGAAAGUACUUUCUGGAGACAUGUAUGGUGGAACGCUGGGUAUUUUGGGACUAUUCAUGGAGUCAAGGGAUGGUUGCCGAAACCUACUUCCAAGAAACAGGAAUUAGUCAACAAUCUCACGGCAGGGACAAUCGGUGGAUUCGUAGGAACGACCCUCAACACUCCUUUCGACGUGGUCAAAUCUAGGGUUCAGCUCAAAGGAACGGGCGAAUGGGCUUACCCCGCUUUAGUCAGUAUAGCGAGGAAGGAAGGUCUUGGGGCGUGGUACAAAGGUUACGCUCCGAAAGUACUUCGUCUCGCUCCUGGUGGUGGUGUUUUAUUACUUGUGGUGGAAGCGCUCUCGGCCGUGUUUAGGAAACAACUUGGACCACCGUACAUUUAGAAUGCAGGAUAGACACAGGAAAGAAUCUCAAUCAAUCAGGCUAUGUCAUCGGCAUGAGAGUGGAGCGACAUUAUAACAUUGUUCCCAUGACGUCGAACACCGAUAAAUGAAGUGACUUCGACUCCAC